UGACUUUUUUUUAGGUCAUGAGUAAGGAUGGCCUAAGAUUUUCCCUCGGUGGUUUCUGUUCAUCUCCUUGAAACCUCAAACCUGUACCGCCAUUGAUACUUCAUCAGCAUUCAGCAAGCUCUACCACCAAUUAUCCAUCUUCUACAAUAGUAUUGAAGUUAUACUUAUUCUCUACUGCCAAAUCGUGGUUCUGGACAUCAGCUGAUGAAAGGGAGGGCUAGGUGAGAUUUGAUCGCAGGACCUCGUUUGGAAAGACGCUACUUGCUCCAACCAAGACCGUUAAUAGUGGAGUUAAUUGUCUAAAAUUAAUUGCAAGGAUUGUGAAUUUGUCUUUGAUUUGAGUUUGGUGAAGCAAUUGCUAUGGAGUGUGUUGUUCAGGGAAUUAUUGAGACCCAGCAUGUGGAAGCGCUUGAGAUUCUUCUUCAGGGGCUUUGUGGAGUCAAUAAGGAGCAAUUAAGGAUCCAUGAAUUAUGCUUAAAAAGCAGCCCAAACCUUGGAUUUGUUUCUUCUGAGGUUCGACUUAUCUGUGAUCUGGAGCAGCAGCCUGAGCCUGCAUGGAUUUGUGCAUGCAGGACUGUUCGUCAUAUUGGUGGUGCAAUGAGAGGUUCUGGCGCUGAACAGAUCUCUGUUCUUGUCCGGACAAUGGUAGAAAGCAAAGCUGGCAAGAACGUCAUCCGCUUGUUUUAUUCACUAGGCUAUAAAUUGGAUCAUGAGCUUUUACGGGUGGGUUUUUCCUUUAGCUUCCAUAGGGGCGCUCCGAUCACUGUUACUGUCUCAUCUGUCAAUAAGUUGCCAAAAUUGCAUGCAAUUGAUGAAGCUGAGCCAGUCACAUUGGGCAUACAACUUGUCGAAAUCACAGCUCCUGCUACAGCCGAUAACUAUGCUGAAGUUGUGACAGCUGUCUCGUCCUUCUGCGAAUACCUUGCUCCGCUGUUGCAUUUGUCAAAACCUGGUGUAUCAACAGGGGUAGUCCCAACUGCUGCUGCCGCUGCUGCGUCUCUGAUGUCUGAUGGUGGUGGCACUACUCUUUAGCUUCUCAUGAGCUGACAGGUUAUGCAUGUUUUUUUUGUACUUCAUCUCUUCAGUUUUCCAUGUCAUAUCUAGUACACGUGUUCAAAAGAAAUAACACUAAUACAGACGUGGAAGCGUGGCUACAAGACCAGCCGUAGCUGCGAGUAAUAUAUCGUCACCCCUGUGAAGUUCUCGAUGAAUGCUCUUGGCUUCACUGCAGCUUCUUGUAAUGUAAAAUUUUGCAUCAACUUGUUAUGGACCGACAUAUCCGAAGGAUUAAUAUGAAUCUAAGCAAAACAGAAAUGUAUUAAGAAUAUAUCAAUUUGUAUGAAAGUGUGGGUGAGUGAUUGUAUGAAUUGAAAUGUAAUAUGUAACUGUAUAACGUUGAUUGAACGUAACGGAAAGAAUGAUUACAGGCUCAUUCUCUCCAAAAGAGUAUCUCCAAAAGAGUAUAAACUCCUCUAAAAUCUAUUACACAAUUCUAUGAAUA